AUGUGUUGUCCUCAAGCUCGCCCUCACACUACUGAUCCAACUGCAUUUAACCAGCAACUGUUAUUGUCUGGACCAUCCGAGAUGAAUCAGCCUGCUGGACUAUCGAUGUUGCAACAACAGCUGUUGUCACUCACCCCCGACAGGCAAGGCAAUCUGUCCCUCCUCCUGUACCAGUGUCCGGACCCCUUGCCCCUGCUAUCCAGCCAAACCUGGAAAUUGCAGUGUCUGUGGACAAACCUUGCACGGAGAAUGGAAGGCCUCGAAAAAGAGCUGUCGACACUGAAGCGGCCAAGGAAUGACGGCGAGGAUGACAGCGAUGAUGGUGUGCACCAUGUUUCACAAUUUGCGUUUGAGAUUGGCAAAGAGCAGGAUCAAGACAUAGACGAGGAUGAUGCAGCCGAACCUCCAAAGAUGGCAUUCAACUUCCAAGAUGUGCGCUAUACUCAUGGCAAUCUUGUGGCAUUCGCAAAGUCCAAGUUCAGGUCCUACAAGCGCAAGUACAUUGAAAAGAUUGACGAAGAGAAAGCUGCAAAAUGUCGCCAGUUCAACACCGCUAACAAGCAUCUACGUCGUCAAGAGCAUCUUGCUGAAGAUCGAGAAAAGGCAGUCGAAGAGUACAAAGCCCGGAAUGAAAAAGACCCCACAGAUCUUCUACGACCUGAGUAUAUGUCAGAACAAGCAUCGGAGGUCAAUACAGAUGACGAGGAAAAGAGGAAAGAUAGGCAGAAGAAGCUAUACCAAGCAGCCAAACUGACUGAGCGUGAAGUUCACGCAGGUAUUCCUGUAUGGGAAAUUAUCAGACCGGUGUGGCGAGCAGACGAGGUGACAAAAAUCUUGGAGGAGCUAGAUUCAAUUAGGGACGAACAGCGCAAAGAAUCCAAACGCAAAACGGCACUCACCAGAUGUGUCAAUCUUGGCAACAAAAGCAACACCCCGCCGUCACUUGCUAUCUUUCCUUUCAUGUUGGACGUCAGGUGGCACAAAGAAUACCAGGCUGAAAAUCUAGGUUCGGGACCAGUCGAGAUCUACGAGAACAACCCAGAUAGUUUCGGACAACUUGAUGCUAUGAUCCAACCUGGAGGCAACAGCAAUGAUCGUGGUCAGGUCCCAAACGAUGACAAUCAAAGCGAGAGCAGUAAUAGCAAUGAUGAUUGA